AUGGAUGUUGAUUUGCAGAAUAUAAAAAAAUGGGUGAUCUUGUACCCAAUUUAUAUAAAUUCAAAGAAAACCCUGGCCGAGGGAUGGAGAAUCAAUUUACUUUUGAGACAGAAAACUUUUGCUGAAAGUGCUUGUCUCAGGCAGGCAAUGAAAAGGACGUUAGACACAUUUACAGAGAUUUGGAAUUUUGAAUUAAUGCCUCCAAGGAAGCAACUAAUGCUUCACGUUGCAGAGCUGGUUCCCCGACAUCCGGGUCGGACGAAGAAACAGGAGCCCACCACGUCCGCUGCCGCCGGUUCUAAAUCUGGAAAGGCUGGAAAGAAGAAGCGGUAG